UUUCAAUAAUAUUUUAAUUUACUAACUAUAAAUGUAUAUUAAGAGGUGAAUCACAGCGGAUCUUAUCAUUCGUUUACAGUUUCUUCAGGACAGCCACAGUGACGCACCCGGAAAAUGAAAACAGAGCACACAGGAUAGAGUUGGUGCUUCUUUUGUUAGUCGGUUGUUUGAAGACGGGUUUGAGGUUUAGCUAAAUAUUUGAGUGUUUUCAGUAAAAAUCUACUCAUUUUAAGCCUCAGAGAGAGUUUAUCAACGAGCAGGUAACUCCUGCUGGAGAAACAUUCAGAGUUUAAAGAAAUCAACGUCAAGAUGGAGGACAAGAUGGAGUAUCAGCACAGACUGCUGUUUUUUACCCGGAUACCGAAGAUAAUCUUACACCGGAUAGAGUUGAAAGAAAUCAACGUCAAGAUUGAGAAAGAGAUGGAGGAUCAGCGCAGACUGGUGGAUUUUACCCGGAUACCGAAGAUCAUCUUACACCGGAUAGAUCUCCGACAUUGUUCUGUGUGUAAAGACGACGGGAUUUUCAAUGACCUCAGCAACCAGGAGGGGAUCUUCACUUUAAAACAAGAGGAACCAGAACAUCUGCAGAUAAAACAGGAGCAAGAAGAACCAGAACAUCAACAGCUCAAAGAGGAAAAGAAGCAACUCUGCAUCAGUCAGGAUGAAGAGCAUCUUGUGCUGAAACAGGAGACUGAUGACAUUUUGGUGAUUCCUUAUAAUGUGCAAAGAAUCCACAAUGAAACAGAACCACAGAGGAACCAACUCAUCUCUCAUGGCUCUGCUGAGGAUGAGAACCAAGAUGAGGAAGGAAGCAAUUCUGAAGACCCAGGAAAAAAGAGAGACAAAGAACAGAAACAAAAGGAGAAAUAUGAGAAAACCAAACUGCAGAAAGGUAAAAUUGAAAGUUCAAAACAAAAAACAGACAAGAAAGCUCACCCACAACAAAAACUAUAUUCUUGUAAAAUCUGUGAUGAAGCCUUUUCUCAAAGCAGUUUGUUGACGACACACAUGACAACUCACACUGACAAGAACCCUUUCACAUGUUCAACCUGUGGAAAAAGUUUCACAUGUAGAUCAUCGUUACUUGGUCACAUGAUGAUUCACACAGGUGAGAAGCCUUUCUCUUGUGUGACCUGUGGAAAAAGCUUCCAACGUAAAAGCAAUUUAACUAGACACACGAUAAUUCAUACAGGUGUGAAGCCUUUCUUAUGUAGGACUUGUGGAAAAUGUUUCCGUUAUAAAAGCAAUUUAACUAGUCACAUCAGGACUCAUACAGGUGAGAAACCUUUCUUAUGUGGGACUUGUGGAAAAAGUUUCUAUCAAAAAAAAUAUUUAACUACUCACAACAGGAUUCAUACACAUGAGAAACCAUUCUCAUGUAGGAGUUGUGGGAAAGGUUUUGGUCAAAAAACCGGUUUAAUUAGUCACAUGAGGAUUCAUACAGGUGAGAAACCAUUCUCAUGUGGGACUUGUGGAAAAAGUUUUGGUCAUAAAAGCAGUUUAAAUGGUCACAUGAGGACGCAUACAGGUGAGAAACCAUUCUCAUGUAGGACUUGUGGAAAAUGUUUCCAUUAUAAAAGCAAUUUAACUAGUCACAUCAGGACUCAUACAGGUGAGAAACCUUUCUUAUGUGGGACCUGUGGAAAAAGUUUCCAUCAUAAUAGCAGUUUAGUCACUCACAUGUGGAUUCAUACAGAUAAGAAGAAUUUCUUAUGUGGGAGUUGUGGAAAAAAUUUCCAUCAGCAAAGCAGUUUAACUUGUCACAUGAGGAUUCAUGCAGAUGAGAAUCCUUUCUCAUGUAGGACUUGUGGAAAAAGUUUCCAUCAUAAAAGAAGUUUAACUAGACACAUGAAGACUCAUACAGGUGAGAAAUCUUUCUCAUGCAGGACUUGUGGAAAAGGUUUCUUUCAAAAAAGCAAUUUAACUAGUCAUAUGAGUAUUCAUACAGGUGAAAAGCCUUUCUGGUGUGGGAUAUGUGGAAAAGGUUUCUGUCGAAAAGACUAUUUAUCUGUUCACAUGACAACUCAUACACGUGGUGUUUCUUAUGUGCAACCUGUGGAAAAGGCGUCCUUCUAAAUUGCCAGUUAACUUUUAACAUGGGAAAAAAUUCUUGUUUGCUGUACGCCAAAAUUCAUAAUUACUUCAAAAAUGUUCAUCUGUUAUAUUUUUCAUCCAUGGAAGUUGCCAUUUUUUCGCUUGAUGGGUUGAUGGUGCAUAAUGGUCCAUUCUGUACUGGAAUCUACAGCGUAAACACAAGAAGGCUAACUUUACCUGAGUACUUUAUCAUGUUGCAUUUGUCUGGUGUAAUUUUACAUAAUGCGACACCAUAAUCUUUGACGAAAUAAAACAGACGAAACAAAACUUCCACAGGUAGGACGUAUUGAUAAUAAAUCUGCCGAGUAAGCAGUAUGUGGCGUAGCAUCGAUGUGCGCAUUACCACAAGGUAGGACGGAUUCAUGGGUAGCACAGAUGGCUAGAACACCUGUUCAAUUUGAAAAGACGUUGCUCAUCGCUGUUUUGGCUGGACAUAGCUGGGCAGUUGGACCACUGUACAUCAUUUACCCAGAAUGCAUUGCAGCGUGAACAACAUGGCGUUGGCGUGACAAUAUUUUUAUUAAAAUGUAUAAGAACUAAACAGCCUACAGUAUUAUUACUGUAUUGUUUCUACAUCUAAAAUGAAUAUUUCUCAAAGUUUAUUAUUACAACUAAUCAUUUAUCCUUUUAAAUAAACAAUGGAUUUGAAAGCUAUAAGAUUUAAACUCGUAAAGCUGUUGGAAUCAUUAUAUGUCUAUUCUUUGUUGUACUUUUACUUUAUUAAUUGUGGUUACAUGAUGCAUAUUAGCUGUUACUAUAUUCACUGUUAGGUUGCAAUUUAAUUGCCUGUCAGGAAUGAUGUUUUUUUAAUCUAUGUAUGCUUUAGUUUUUCAUUAUUUACUCUUCAGGUUAUGAUUUUGGGGGAAAUACUGUUGAUUAUAUGAUGACAACCAAGCAGGCAGAAGGUUUGAUAAGUUAUGAUGAAACCUGAGAUGAGAUCUGCAUUACUUUAUUCUCGUUAUAUUUACUCUAAACUGAAAAUUUAUUUUAACCCAUUUGUGUUUGUUUAUGUAUCUGUAUUUGGUUGAGAAUUUGUUUAGUAUGUAUGAUGUUAGUAAAUGUAUUGGUUAUAUAGAUUACAUUUCAGUUAUAAAUGUAACUAGCAAAAACUGUUUGUUUUUUUAUUUGUAAUUCUUUGUUUUUGAAGCAUUGAGAAGAUUACAAAAGCUUGAUUUCACCUCAAGGUCACAGUUCCAGUCUGUGAUCAAUUACAAAAUUCCUCCUCUUUACCAUUUACAAAAACAGAACACAAAGAGGGGACAAGUGGGUAUUAUUUUGAAAAUACAUUACUUUUAUGUAUAAGGAUAUUAUACAGCCCACAGACUCUUCCAUAAUUGAAAUCUGAUACAAAUGUUUUUCAUUGUCAGGUAGAAAUUCUGUUACCCACAAUAAAGGUGGUGAAUUUAAAAGAUA